AUGUAUCCCACUCCUCUAGGUCCUUCGCGACCAUCCCAACGCCAGAAAACCGUCCGUAUCGCCUCUCCACCCGUCCCAACACAGCCGCCAUUACAUCCCAGUGCUGGCGAUCACUCGUCGCCAGCCAGUUAUAGAUCCCCGUUUCCCCACCGCGGUACACACCUUGGGUCGCCACCCCCUCCUUCUAGAGGAGAGAGCUCCGGGUCAGACGAGGAAUCUGAAGGAGAUCCUUUCAGUCCGGAUGCUUCCGGGAGUGAUAAUGGGGAGUAUAAGGACAAUGGAGAUGGACGACGUGUUACAGAAGGGAAGCCUGGGGUAAUAGGGCUUGGGUUUGACGGGGCCCAGCGUGGGUCGAAAGAAUCAUAUCGCGCAGAGCCGCCUGCGCAACCCGAUGGACAUGAUCCAGGCACAUCGCUGGGAAUUGAAGAUUCGAUGACGCCAUCACAUUUGGCUACUAAGGGGAAGAGAGCGACAAUGGAUGUUGAUACGUUUACGAGAAUGCUUCUGACUGGGGAAACAGGCGAGGUGGGAAAAGAGUCAGGUCCCGCAGCGCAGAAACUUUUACAACCCAACCAGGGACCGCCCAUCAGCGACAGCAGCAGCAAUACAGACACCGGGUCUGCAUCAAAGCAGCCUAUUUUCGAGACGCUGCAUCUCCCACGGAUAGAUACUCCCCGGACAUCACAUGAAUUAUCGACUUCGGAGGCAGAUGAUGAGCGGCCGAAACUGUCGAAUUUGCCCAGCCCAGCGGAAAGGCAAAAGCCUCUGCCUCCGAAAACAAGGCGUGGGAAGUUGAUCAAUCCCAACACUGGACAGACAUCCCCUUUAGCUGGAUUAACCUCUAUUACUUCCCCAAAACAACGCUCCGCCUCUCCUGCUUCUUUAUCAUCUCGAUCAUCACCGAACAGGGAAAGCGGUGAUCUCAAUAAGCCUUUUCCCCAAGCCACCAAUUGA